UUAUAGCGGGACUGCGGUGGGCAUUUUGACACUGGGGGGGAACCGACUUGGUGUCCCUGACAUCCCCAGUGACACCAAUACAGUGAUCAGUGCUAAUAAAAAGUACUGACACUGUACUAAUGGCACUGGGCAGGAAGGUAUUAACAUGUGCGGCAAUCAAAGUGUUAACUGUGUGCUGUUUCACUGUAUGGUUAACUGUGUGCUGGGUGUGUUUUACUAUGGGGCUGUGUCUGUGUGCUUCACUGUAAGCCAUCCAAAGCAGUAUGCCCGAGCUGACAGGGUGGAGAACUGUUAGUAAACAA